UUCAGAAAAGCAGUGGAGGAGCUGACGACACAGAGCUGAUCUCCUGUUUGCUGAGAGCUCAUCCGGAGCAGGCUUUCCAAGGAUGAAGGCCGCUGGGGUCGUUGUGUUGAUGCUGCUUCAUCAGAUGUGCUUUUCCUCUGCUCAGCCGCAGGAGUGUCCGUCCAGCCGUGACCUGCUGAACUCGCUGCGACAGGUGGAGAAGAUGUUGGCAGUCCACGAGGCGUCGUACCAGCAGGGCCUCCGCUCCCUCAGGAAAAAGAUUAGCGCUCUACACAACAGCACCAUGGCGAUCUUUAGGAUUGGCAAGAAUGCCUCCUGCCCCAAACCAGAGCCCCCCGGUCACGGCCGCAGACUGGGCAGGGUGUUUGGCAUUGGACACGAGGUCCACUUCCUGUGCAAACCCACUUACGAGCUGAUCGGCCCGCGGACGCGGGUGUGUCUGGAGUCUCUGAAGUGGAGCGGCCAGCAGCCGAUGUGCAGACGCGUCAACGGCACCAGUAACUCUCUGGCCUCCUUCUCUCCUGCUGCUCCCUCCUCUUCCUCCUCUUCUACCUCUUCUUUUCCUGUCUCUGCUGCUCUGUCAGCAUCCUCCUCCACCCCAGCUUCCUCCUCGGCAUCCUCACCCUUUACCCUCUCCUCUUCAUCACCCACAUCGUCCUCCCCCUCCUCCUCUGUCCGACCGUCUCACUGCACCCACUUCCUGGGUUCCACCCGCUGCACCUGUGACGUGGGUUUCACCAUAUCAGGCCGCGACAACAACAUCUGCACAGAUAUCGACGAGUGUCUUCUGUUUCCUCUCGGUCAGCCUGGCCGGCUCUGCGUCCAUCAGUGUGUGAACACUCCCGGCAGCUUCCACUGCUUCUGUCCGGCCGGGUAUGAUCUCGCCCGAGAUGGCCGCAGCUGCACAGACAUUGACGAGUGUGAAAACCGGAUGCACAACUGCACAGUGGACCAGGUGUGUGUGAACACAUACGGGAGUUUCCAGUGUGUGACGGUGGAGUGUCCUCAAAUGAAAAAUGCUACGUACAUCAAGACAUCAUCGAUGCGCUGUGAGAGGAAUCCGUGCAUGCUGGGAGACAAGGCGUGCACCCAGGCGCCAAACUCAAUCUCUUUCCACUUCCUGUCUGUGGUUUCCAACAUGUCCGCCCCGCGAGUUCUCUUCAGAGUGUCGGCAGCACGCGUGCUGGGCGACACACUGCGUUUUGGCCUGGCAGGUGGCCGUGGACGGGGCCACUUCAGCGUGCAGCGCUCGGGACGACAGACAGGGACCCUCCUCCUGGUGACACCCAUUAAGGGUCCUGCAACUCUGGAGGCCGAGGUGGAGAUGAGUGAGCUAGAGCGCAACGCCCUGCUGGGCCGCUACCUCACUAAGGUCACCUUGUUCGUCUCUCUGCACGAGUUCUAA